AUGGCGGACGCAGAGGCCAACAACUCGCAGGAGCAAGUCGUGCGGCCCAUCAAAUCAUGGAAAGGAUAUAUCUGGGAUACGUGGGAGCUGCCCCGAGAUCAGCGCUGGUUGCUGUUCAAGGUGGAUGCUUUUGUGCUUACGUUUGCGUCGAUUGGGUACUUUCUUAAGAAUCUCGAUCUAACGAAUGUGACCAAUGCCUAUCUCAGUGGUAUGGAGGAGGAUUUGGAGAUGUAUGGAAACCAACUGGUGACGAGUACUUCGGUUUUUACUGUUGGUUAUGUUAUCGGCCAGAUUCCGUCUAACUUGCUGGUGACUCGACUGUCGCCCAGAUGGGUUAUUCCUACGCUCGAGGUGGGCUGGGGCAUUGCUGUCAUGUGCAUGUCGAGCGUCCAGUCUUACAAGGCUCUGUAUGCCCUUCGCUUCUUGGUUGGUUUAUUCGAAUCCGGUUUCUACCCCGGCAUCCACUAUCUCCUCGGAUCAUGGUACACACCACAGGAACUCGGUAAACGCGCGAUGAUAUUCUGGCUGGCCGGAUCGAUAGGAACACUAUUCAGCGGCUUCCUGCAGGCAGCCGCAUACACGAACCUGGACGGCGUGCAUGGUCGUGCGGGCUGGCGAUGGCUAUUUAUCAUCGACGGCAUCAUCACACUACCACUCGCGUUGGCUGGAUAUCUCUUCUUCCCAAAUCUCCCACAGGGAGGAAAGAAAACCUGGUGGACAACUGAGGAUGAGCAUAUCCUUUCAGUGAAGCGAAUGCAGGCAAUCGGUCGUGCUGGCAAGGACCCGUGGACUAUUGCAAAGGCUAAGCGGAUCUUUAGCAGCUGGCAUACCUAUCUGCUUCCAUUGCUAUACAUAGUUUGGAAUAACGGUUAUCCACAACCCGGUAUGGGAUACUGGCUGAAGAGUUUCAAUAAGGACCCUGCUCCCCUCCCUGGAACGUCUUUUACGGUGGCACAGAUCAACAACUUACCACUGGCUACUACCGGUAUUUUCAUCGUCGUCGCUUUAAUAUGGGGCUUUCUGUCUGAUGGACCCUGCUGUGGUUCACGAUGGCCCUUUAUCCAUGCCGGUGCUGUCAUUACGCUCAUCUUCGCGGUCCUCCUACGCCAGAUGCCACUAUAUACUAACAUAGAAGGUCGCAAGGUUGUUUACUGGCUCAGUCAGACUGGAUGUGGCGCCGGCCCCCUCAUCCUCAGCUGGAUCAAUGAAAUAUGCUCCGAUGACACGGAAAAGAGAUCGUUGAUCAUCGCAUUGGCUAAUGAUCUUGCCUAUGUUGUACAGGCAGUGGCACCCAACUUUGUAUGGAAAACCACAGACUUCCCAGCUGCACCCAAGGGAUAUCUCUGGAUGAUCGUUUUGCAGAUUCUCCUUAUCAUUGUAACCGCUACGAUUCAAAUUCUCCUCUGGUGGGACAAGAAGAAAUCGAGAAGAGAAAUCGAAGGCUCAUCUCCGUCGUAUUCAGAGCAGAAUUCUGUCCAAGAUAGAAAAUUGGCCUCUGCUGAAGUGACGCCAGUGACUGUUGAGUAA